GUGAUGGAUGUGGGCACACCGUUCUGGGCCCUGAAAGUGGAACUCUUGCUUCGAUAAACUACCCACAGACCUCUCCCAAUAGCACGGUCUGUGAAUGGGAAAUUCGUGUAAAGCCUGGGCAGCGAGUUCAGCUCAAAUUUGGCGAUUUUGAUAUUGAUGACUCAGAUUCCUGUCAUUCCAGUUACUUAAGAGUUCACAAUGGGAUUGGCCCCACCAGGACAGAGAUAGGAAAAUACUGCGGGUUUGGCUUUCAAAUGGAUGGUUUAAUUACUUCAAAAAGUAAUGAAGUCACAGUACAGUUCAUGAGUGGAACACACACUUCUGGACGUGGAUUUCUUGCAGCUUAUUCAACCACUGACAAAUCAGACCUAAUUACCUGUUUAGACAAUGCAAGUCACUUUUCCGAACCAGAAUUCAAUAAGUAUUGUCCAGCUGGAUGUGUGAUUCCUUUUGCUGAUGUUUCAGGCACUAUUCCCCAUGGAUACAGAGAUUCAUCAUCACUUUGUAUGGCUGGUGUUCAUGCAGGCGUUGUGUCAAAUACUCUGGGUGGCCAAAUUAAUGUUGUAAUCAGCAAGGGCAUUCCGUACUAUGAAGGCUCCCUGGCUAACAAUGUCACCUCAAAAGUGGGACCGUUAUCUACAAGUCUCUUCACAUUUAAGACGAGCGGUUGCUAUGGGACACUGGGCAUGGAAUCUGGGGUCAUCCCUGAUUCCCUGAUCACGGCAUCAUCUAUUCUUGAGUGGUCUGACCAAACAGGACAAGUGAACAUUUGGAAACCUGAAAAUGCCAGACUCAAAAGGGUUGGUCCUCCUUGGGCUGCUUUUGUCAGUGAUGAACGUCAGUGGUUGCAGAUUGACUUGAAUAAAGAAAAGAGAGUAACAGGUAUUAUAACUACUGGAUCAACCUUAGCAGAGUACUACUAUUAUGUCUCAGCCUACAGAAUUUUAUACAGUGAUGAUGCCCAGAAAUGGACAGUAUACAGAGAACCUGGCAUGGAUAAAGAUAAGAUAUUUCAAGGGAACACUGAAUUGUACCAGGAAGUUCGCAAUAAUUUCAUUCCACCUAUUGUUGCACGCUUUUUUAGGAUUAACCCCUUAAAAUGGCACCAGAAAAUUGCAAUGAAAGUAGAAUUGCUAGGCUGUCAGUUUAGUAUAG